GUUCUUAGAAAUUGGGAUUUCGGAGUGACCCAUUUAGCCAGACAUCACCUUUUUGUUGUUCUUCUGUGGAUUUUCCCCAAUUUUAAACCCUUGAAUGACCAUAUUCUUCUUACAUUCUUCUUUCAAGCUUGCAAUUUUCUGGGUUUUGACUCAUCCCAACUACAGAGCCGCCGCCGCCAUUCUUAAUGGAACACAAGAGUUUGAUCACCGAGUUGACUCAGGGGAAGGAGAUGGCGAUUCAACUCAAAACCCAUCUUCCUUCUCCUAUGGCGAUUCAACUCAAAACCCAUCUUCCUUCUCCUCCUCCUCCUGGUUCUUCUCCACAAGCUCUCAUUUUCUUGACGGAAAUGAUUCAGUCUUCUUUCGAGAGUGCACUUUUGCUUCUGAAUUGGAACCCUAAAGAUCCAUCCGAAGAAGAAGAAGAAGAAGAAGAAGAAGAACCCACCAAGAACAAGAGGAAAAACAGCAGCAGAGAUGUGCUGCUCAAGAGGAGAAAGUUGCUGCCUAAAUGGACUGAGGAAGUUAAGGUUGGCAGUGGCUCUGCCGCUGAAGGCCCACUCAAUGAUGGCCAUAGUUGGAGAAAAUAUGGCCAAAAAGAUAUCCAUGGCGCUAACUUUCCAAGAUGCUAUUAUAGAUGCACUCAUCGGAAUGUACGAGGAUGUUUGGCCACAAAACAAGUUCAGAAAUCCGACAACGAUCCCAACAUUUUCGAGGUGACAUACAGAGGACAGCACACAUGCAACCAAUCCGCAAAUUUGGGAUUGAUUUCCGUUUCAAAUCGGAACGAAAUCCCAGAAGAAACCCAUCAAAAUCAACAAAACCCAAACUCUGAAAUUCUCUUCAAUUUCGGAGAACAACAGCAUUUCGGUCUCAAAAUCAAAACAGAGGAUUUUGACGAUGUUUUUCCGCCGUUUUGCUUCGGAUCGGAAACUGUCGAUGAAAAUGUGUUCUUAGAACAGAUGAUGGAGCCGGGUUUUGUUGCGGACGGCAACUGGUCUGCGGCGGCUGUGUCGUCGGCGACGUCGGAAACGGCCUGGGAUUUAAGCGGUUACGGCGGAGAAAUUCAGGGGGUUCAGUCGUCGGAGCAAUCGAACAUGACGGAGAUGGUUUCGGCGACAACUUCAGUGACAAAUUCGCCGAUUGGUAAUGGGGAUUGGGAUUUGUCGCUUGAUAAGAUUGAUUUUGACCAGUUUUUCCACUUUGACCGUCUGGAUUUCAUCUCUUGAAAGUUCUUGCAUUUUGUACCAAUUUUUCUUCAUUAUUAUGAUUAUUAUUAUAUUUUUCAUGAAGGAUAA